CGUGAAAUUAAAAAUUAAAAUUUUACUCAACCCUCUCAUAGUUUCUCUAUUCUAAACUAUAAAAGAGCGCGCAUAGAUAAAGAUGGGAUGGACAACAAAGCAACUUAGUCUGGCACUUAUGAUGGUCGUAACUGGAUCUAUAAAUACACUCUCAACUAAAUGGGCUGACAGAACAUUAUCAAAAGGUAUUGAUGGUACAGUUCGACAUUUCAACCAUCCAUUCUUGCAGGCUGUUGGCAUGUUCUUGGGUGAAAUGUCCUGCCUUGCUGUCUUCUACAUCAUAUUUUUCUGGAAACGCCACAAAGGAGAGGAAUUUGACGUUGGUCCCCAAACUUACAACCCCCUCAUCUUCUUGCCAGCAGCUAUAUGUGACAUGACAGGGACAUCCAUAAUGUAUCUAGGACUCAAUCUAACUUUUGCAUCAAGCUUUCAAAUGCUGAGAGGAGCUGUGAUGAUCUUCACUGCGCUGCUAUCUGUGGCUUUCUUAGGACGUGUCAUCAAACGUUUCAUGUGGUUUGGCAUGAUGGUUGUCCUCGUUGGUCUUGUCCUCGUUGGACUCUCAGACACAUUGUUUGGAGGAGAGAAUAAGAAUGACAUCAAUGGAAUCAUAUCAGGUGAUCUUCUCAUUGUGAUGGCCCAGAUAAUUGCUGCUACACAGAUGGUGUAUGAAGAAAAGUUUAUCAAUAAGCACAAUGUACCAGCCCUGCAGGCAGUUGGCUUUGAAGGUUUAUUUGGGUUCCUUGUGUUAGGCACAUUGCUAGUUCCAAUGUAUUUCAUCAGAGUGGGACAUGGCAAGUUCUCUGGAGAUCCGGAGGGAAGGCUGGAAAACUCACUGGAUGCUUUUGUACAGUUAUCUAAUUCCUGGCAAAUAGCUCUAGCUACAUUUGGUAACAUUGUCAGUAUUGCAUUCUUCAACUUUGCUGGAAUUAGUAUCACCAAGGAGAUAAGUGCCACAACAAGGAUGGUAUUAGAUAGUUGUCGUACACUGGUUAUAUGGAUGUUUGCCCUCGCUGUAGGAUGGCAAGCCUUUAUACCACUAGCUUUCGGCAUCCAGGCCAUAGGCUUUGUGUUCCUUAUCAUCGGCAUGUGUAUAUACAACAAUAUCAUCAUUGUGCCACUCAUCAACAAAUGUAGGGGAAUAACACCUGAAGAGAAGGAACCUCUGCUUAGUGGAGAUGAUACAGGGAUCCAGGAAGAGAGUUCUAAUAAGCCUAUGUAUCAGACAGCCCAAAAUGCAUAAUGCAUAAUACAUUGCCAUUCCACCAGUGCCUCAUGGAGACAUGGACUGUAACUAGCUCCCUACUUUAUACUCAAUGACUCAACUACUAAACAACGCAGAACAAAAAAUGAUUUUAGAUGAUAUAUUAAAUGAAGAAGUUUACGAUUUUCAACACAUUACACUUAACUGCUGAAACUUGAACUUCAGUAUUAUUGCACUGGCAUUUUAUACAUUUUACAUAAUUGAUUUUAAACACAUUACAUG